GGUUACUGUCAUUUUUAUAAUAAACAAAAAAAAACGAUCUGAAGAUUGUCGCAUUUUUUUAAGUUUGCGAUUAUUUAACUGUUUUUGGAAAAAAAUGAGAGAUUCAGAAGAAGACAACGUUCUAGAGUGUAUUGAAGCUGCUGCACAAAAGGCCGUCUCAAGUUUAAUCCCCCAGAAAUCCCACGUCGCUUACAAGACAACAUAAAAAUCGUUGCAAAAUAAAAGUCCCUAUUAGCUCGAGUGCGCAAAAGUAGCUCAUUUUAGCACUCAAAAUGAUGACAAAAUGUCGUGAUAUUGAUUCAAAAUAGUAAAAUAGUAAUUUUUGUAUUAAGUGCGCGAAAUGAGUGUUUUUUUAAUGGCGCCUGAGAAUGUUAUUUUAGUCGAGACCGCCAGGUCGAGACCUAAAAGACAUUCGAAGGCGCCAUUAAAACAUGAAUUUCGCCACGAAAUACAAACAACGUUUUUUCUACAGCCUCCAGAUGAAGAAAAAAGUAACAGAAAUUAGUUGGAACAAAAUGGUCUGAUAAAUCGAGUUGCUUGCAUGGUUACGAUGAUAAAUAAAAGUGAUAGUUGCGAAAAAUUUGUCACAAUAGGUAUUUUUGUUGAAGAAGUGUGAUGGAUUUUAGCAGCGAAAACGAAAUAGAUGCAAUUGCAAGCGCGGCAGUGUCGAAUCUUUUGCCUGCUAAAUCAAGACCGCAGUACGAAAAAACGUAUCUUCAGUUUCGGCAGUGGUGUUCUAUGAAAAAGAUUGAUCAAGUAACGGAAAAUGUUUUGUUGGCGUAUUUGGAAGAAAAGUCUACCACCUUAAAGCCACCAACACUCUGGGCCCUUUAUGCGAUGUUGAAAGCCACCUUAAACGUUAAAGAGAAUAUCGAUACACGUAAGUUUCCGAAGUUAGUGCCCUACCUGAAAAGCAAAAGCGUAGGUUACAGAAGCAAGAAGUCGCAAAUUUUAGACAAAGAAGACAUUAGCAAGUUUAUUAAUGAAGCAGAUGACAAGAUAUAUUUACUGAUGAAGACUGUGCUAAUUUUGGGUAUAUCGGGAGCCCUUCGACGUGAAGAAUUAGUUAAAAUGAAGCUAACUGACAUAGAAGAUAAACAGUCUGUCUUAAUUGUGAAGGUGCCUGAUACAAAAACCCACUGCGAACGAAUAUUUACUGUUUCAAAUUUAGAAAAUAUAGAAAUUGUCAGAAAAUAUAGAGCUUUGCGGCCUCCACGGGCGACUAGUGACCGUUUAUUUUUAAAGUAUACCAACGGAAAAUGUGUGAAUCAAAAUGUUGGAAUUAACAAAAUCGGAGAGAUACCAAGUUUGAUUGCAAAGUGGCUUAACAAAGACGAACCUAAAAAAUAUACUGGUCACUGCUUCAGAAGAAGCUCUGCCACUCUUUUGGCGAAUGCUGGAGGUGAUCUAAUUUCAAUUAAACGUCAUGGGGGCUGGAGAAGCAGCACAGUGGCAGAAAGUUACAUCGAGGACUCUUUGAAUAAUAAAAUUGAAAUUGCCAAUAAAAUUCAACCUUCUUCCUCCACAGAAGAAAACAAAAUCACUCAACCUUCUACAUCGGCUUCUUUUAAUGGCGAAAAUAACUUUCAUUUACAAGCGUCUUCACUCAGGCCUCUGGGGAUAAACGGGGGCACGUUUUCGUCAUGCACAUUUAAUUUUCAUAUGUCAAAGUAAAUAUCUAUUAUUAUUGUUUUGUAAUAUUGUUCUGUAUAAUUAUAAAACCUUUAAAACUACCUCUCAUUAUCGAUCCGUCUCUUCAUUUCGGUUGCUGUUGAUGUCUUUUCGUGUUACUAAAAUUGUAACAGAAAUAAGUUGGAACAAAAUGAUCUGAAAAAUCGAGUUGCCUGCACAGUUAAAAAAUAUUAUUUUUUCACUGUGAAACCGUGAAAAAUAGUAAUUUUUGUAUUAAGUGCGCGAAAUGAGUGUUUUUUUAAUGGCGCCUGAGAAUGUUAUUUUAGUCGAGACCGCCAGGUCGAGACCUAAAAGACAUUCGAAGGCGCCAUUAAAACAUGAAUUUCGCCACGAAAUACAAACAACGUUUUUUCUACAGCCUCCAGAUGAAGAAAAAAGUAACAGAAAUUAGUUGGAACAAAAUGGUCUGAUAAAUCGAGUUGCUUGCAUGGUUACGAUGAUAAAUAAAAGUGAUAGUUGCGAAAAAUUUGUCACAAUAGGUAUUUUUGUUGAAGAAGUGUGAUGGAUUUUAGCAGCGAAAACGAAAUAGAUGCAAUUGCAAGCGCGGCAGUGUCGAAUCUUUUGCCUGCUAAAUCAAGACCGCAGUACGAAAAAACGUAUCUUCAGUUUCGGCAGUGGUGUUCUAUGAAAAAGAUUGAUCAAGUAACGGAAAAUGUUUUGUUGGCGUAUUUGGAAGAAAAGUCUACCACCUUAAAGCCACCAACACUCUGGGCCCUUUAUGCGAUGUUGAAAGCCACCUUAAACGUUAAAGAGAAUAUCGAUACACGUAAGUUUCCGAAGUUAGUGCCCUACCUGAAAAGCAAAAGCGUAGGUUACAGAAGCAAGAAGUCGCAAAUUUUAGACAAAGAAGACAUUAGCAAGUUUAUUAAUGAAGCAGAUGACAAGAUAUAUUUACUGAUGAAGACUGUGCUAAUUUUGGGUAUAUCGGGAGCCCUUCGACGUGAAGAAUUAGUUAAAAUGAAGCUAACUGACAUAGAAGAUAAACAGUCUGUCUUAAUUGUGAAGGUGCCUGAUACAAAAACCCACUGCGAACGAAUAUUUACUGUUUCAAAUUUAGAAAAUAUAGACAUUGUCAGAAAAUAUAGAGCUUUGCGGCCUCCACGGGCGACUAGUGACCGUUUAUUUUUAAAGUAUACCAACGGAAAAUGUGUGAAUCAAAAUGUUGGAAUUAACAAAAUCGGAGAGAUACCAAGUUUGAUUGCAAAGUGGCUUAACAAAGACGAACCUAAAAAAUAUACUGGUCACUGCUUCAGAAGAAGCUCUGCCACUCUUUUGGCGAAUGCUGGAGGUGAUCUAAUUUCAAUUAAACGUCAUGGGGGCUGGAGAAGCAGCACAGUGGCAGAAAGUUACAUCGAGGACUCUUUGAAUAAUAAAAUUGAAAUUGCCAAUAAAAUUCAACCUUCUUCCUCCACAGAAGAAAACAAAAUCACUCAACCUUCUACAUCGGCUUCUUUUAAUGGCGAAAAUAACUUUCAUUUACAAGCGUCUUCACUCAGGCCUCUGGGGAUAAACGGGGGCACGUUUUCGUCAUGCACAUUUAAUUUUCAUAUGUCAAAGUAAAUAUCUAUUAUUAUUGUUUUGUAAUAUUGUUCUGUAUAAUUAUAAAACCUUUAAAACUA